AUGAGGAACGCAGAAUUGCUGCAGGAGGAGGAGGAGGAGGAGGAGGAGGAGGAGGAGGAGGAGGAGGAGGAGGAGGAGGAGGAGGAGGAGGCGACCAAAGGACGGAAGACAAAGAGGAGGAAAGAGGAGGAAAUAGGAGGAGGAGGAGGAGGAGGAGGAGGAUUGGGGGUCUUGAGGGCGACGCAGCGACGUGUUGCGGAUAGGAAAAUGGACCAUAAUGCCCAGUCAAUUCUCCCUCCGCCUCCGCCUCCGCCUCCGCCUCCGCCUCCUCCUCCUCCUCCUCCUCAACCCUCGUGCACAGUUGUCAUUUUAAUUGCCUUCUACUCCUCCUUGUCUUUAAUCAGUAAGGAGAGGGAGAAUAAUGAAACGGUGCCAAGGAGGAGAGGAGGAGGAGGAGAGGAGGAGGACGAGGAGGACGAGGACGAGGAGGAGGACGAGGAGAAGGACGAUGAGGAGAAGGACGAUGAGGAGGAGGAGGAGGAGUAG